AUGAACAUUUUGCCGAAGGGAAGAGUGGCUUUAUCUCCUCUGUAUUUUGCAAGUCCCUCCAUUUCUGCUUUUCAGGGUCACCAUUUUCUCUCACAGUUUGAUGAACAUCUUGCACAUGAAUUUGAUAAGAAACUGAAACCCUAUUCUGAAAAAGGCCAGAAUAUAAUGGAAGGUCAGAAUGGCUCUGGUUCUCCGAGGUCUGUAGGUUCUCCAGGCUCCGUUAGUUCUCCGACAUCUAAAGGAACUCCUAGGUCGACAAGUUCUCCUAAACAAGAUGUUGGAGAGAUUGACACUCGGGCACCAUUUCAAUCUGUCAAGGCUGCUGUAAGUUUAUUUGGUGAAGCUGGAGCCUCGCCCAGAACGUCUGCAGUAAAGAAGACACAAACUCCGGAAGAGAGAGUGCUAGAGAAAGAGACGCAACAUCACUUAACGCUUAAAGAACUCGAGUAUUACAGGGAACAACUUAGAAGCGCAGACAUUGCAAAGGCUCAAGCAUUACGCGAUUUGAAGAAGGCCAAUAGAACCCUGCAAGAACUAACAAACAAGCUUGAAAACCUUAGUGAAUCCAAACAAGCAGCAUUUGAAGCUACAGAAGCUGCGAAUAAACGAGCUAAAGAACUUGAAGAGCAGAAAUCAAUAAGAGCUCAACUAGGUGAUGAUGCAUGGAGGGUGGAUGUUAACAGUGAAAGAGAACUGUAUAAGGCCUCUGCCGGUGAACUUAUUUCUACAAAACAAGAACUAACAAAUCUCAGGCAGGAUUUUGAUGCAGCCUUGGAAGCAAAAUUGGCUGCAUUUCAAGAAGAAGAAGAAGCACAACACACCACUAAAGUUAAUCAAGAGAGGUUAAGUCAGCUUUCAAAAGAAGUUUCCUCCUUGCGUGAAACACUUGGUCAAGUAAAGCUUGCCUCGAUCCAGGCUCAAGAACAACAUUUGAAGCUUAUUGCAGAAAAGGAAGUCCGUCUAUUAAACCAUAAAACGGCUAAGGAAGAAGUUGACAAGAAAAUCAUGGGUAUGAAGGCAGAAUAUGAUCCUGAACUUGGUGAAAAUCUUGAGCAGAAGCUCGAAGAAACAACAGAGGCAAUCAAGGUUUUGCAAGAACAACUGAAUGAUGUAAAGGCUUCAGAUUUGACUUCUUUAAGAACUACAGCUUCAGAGCUUGAUGAUGUUAAAAGGACACUGCAAGAAGUUGUAGCAGAAGAAAAUCCAUUACGAAGUUCAGUGGAAUUACUUAAACUGGAACUGGAGAAUGUGAAGAGGGAGCGUUCAGAAUCAAAGAAGAAGGCUAUCGAAGCAGAAUCUGCUGCUGAGAGUAUGCAAACUGAUCUUGCAAAGAGCAAAACUGAACUGGAAGCGGUAAUUUCAGGGGAAACCAAAUCUGAUGAUAUACAUUUGGCUCUCGAGCAGCAAUUGACCGAAGCUGAAAAUGCUCGACUGGAAGCAGAAGAAAUGAAGAAAAAAGCUGAAGUACUUGAGCAAGAAGCUGAAGAAGCACGAAUUGUAACCAAUGAAACAGAGAAAAAACUGCAAAUUGCAUUAAAAGAGGCUGAAAAGGCUAUGGCUGCAGAGAGACUAGCGGAUGAUCAAAUUUACAACUCACCAAAACCUGAUUCAAGUGGAGGAUCUGGUCGGAGGAUCAAAUUGUCGGUAGAGGAAUUUGAAUCACUGAAGAAGAAAAUUGAAGAAAUCGGGCAUGAGGCAGAUGUUAAAGUGGCAACUGCCAUGGCUCAAGUGGAAGCUAUAAAUGCAAGUGAAAAAGAAUGGCUAAAGAAAGUGGAGACAACUUUAGAAGAGAGUGAGGAUCUACAGUCAGAAAUUGAGGAUGCUAUAAAGAGAGCAGAAAUGGCGGAAGCUGCAAAAAAGGUAGUGGAGGGUGAACUCCAAAAGUGGCGCCAAAAAGAACAGAAUGAAAUUGGAGAAUCUUAG